GUACGUUUGUGUAAAUAAAGUAGGGUUAUGUUAUUGUGACGAGAUGUUUUGUGUAUGAUUUAUACUUUAUCGUGCUUUUAGACCAAUAUUGUACGAAUUUAUCGACUUGUAAAUAGUAAAUGGUGAAUUUAUUGUGUAGUGUAAAAGUUUUAUGAAAUAUUCAAUUUUUUCAUAUUUGUAAUUUUAUCGUGCAAUACGCUCUAGCGUUUAUAAAGUUGGAAAAUGGGGCGUACUGUUGGAAGAGAAAGAAGUCGUUCACCAGAUCGUAAACGUCGAAGAUCUAGGAGUAAAGAAAAAUCAAAGUCAAAUCGUCACAGGAGAAGUAGAUCGCGAGAAAGAAGAGAAAAACGUUCAUACAGUCGAGAACGUAGACGAGGAGAAAGCAAAGAAAAACGUGUGUCAGGAAAGUCUCGUAAGAGGGAGAGGUCCCGAUCAAGAAGUAGAACUCCAAAAGAUUCAAAAAGUAAAAAUGAUGAACACUCCGAGCUACCUUUUGAUCCAACUAAUUUAGAUAAGGAAGAAGAACAGAAAAAGCUUGAAUUGGAAAUGCAGAAGAGAAGAGAAAGGAUAGAAAGGUGGAGAGCAGAGAGGAAGAAAAAGGAACAAGAAAUAUUCAAAAAAGAAGGAGUGAAGAAUAUAGGUAAUAUUCCUCAAGGCACGCUUAAAAAGUGGUCCCUAGAGGAUGACUCUGGUGAAGAGGAUAGUGUUACUGAAAAGGAAAAAGAGGAAACUGAAGAGAAAGAAAAAGAAGAAGUUAAAGAAGAGGAGGAACCCAAACCAUCAGAAGAACCACAACCAGAAGAAGAAGAACUGGAUCCUUUAGAUGCAUUUAUGCAAGGUGUUCAAGAAGAAGUUAGGAAAAUUAACAAACUAGAUUUGAAAAAGAACAAAUCGGAUGUUGCAAGUUCCAAGAAGGGAAUGGUAAUUGUAACAGGAAUUGCAAAAACCAAAAUAAAUAAGGACAAGGGAGAGUUGAUAGAACAGAAUCAAGAUGGAUUGGAAUAUUCUUCAGAAGAAGAAGAGGAAGAUUUAAAAGACACAGCUGCUAAUAUUGCAAAUAAACAAAGAAAAGAUCUUAUUAAAAUCGACCAUAAUCAUAUCCAUUAUGCACCAUUUAGAAAGAAUUUCUAUGUUGAAGUACCUGAAAUUGCCAAAAUGAGCAGUCAAGAAGUCGAAGCUUAUAGGGAAGAAUUAGAGGGAAUAAGAAUGAAAGGAAAGGGUUGUCCAAGACCUAUAAAGACAUGGGCACAGUGUGGAGUCUCCACCAAGGAACUGAAUGUAUUAAAGAAGCUUGGUUUUGAGAAACCGACUCCUAUUCAAGCUCAAGCUAUUCCUGCAAUAAUGUCCGGUCGUGAUCUCAUUGGUAUUGCGAAAACGGGAAGUGGUAAAACUUUAGCAUUUUUACUUCCCAUGUUUCGGCACAUAUUAGACCAGCCUCCCUUAGAAGAAACUGACGGCCCCAUUGCCAUCGUGAUGACACCCACACGGGAGUUGUGUAUGCAAAUAGGAAAAGACAUUAAAAAGUUUACCAAAAGUUUAAAUUUACACGCCGUUUGUGUUUAUGGUGGCACUGGCAUUUCUGAGCAGAUUGCUGAGCUAAAAAGGGGCGCUGAAAUAAUUGUAUGCACUCCAGGGAGGAUGAUUGAUAUGUUGGCGGCAAACGGAGGGAAAGUUACUAAUUUGAAAAGGGUUACCUAUAUAGUACUAGAUGAAGCAGACAGAAUGUUUGAUAUGGGCUUCGAACCUCAAGUGAUGAGAAUAAUCGACAACGUUCGUCCUGAUCGUCAGACGGUUAUGUUUAGCGCGACUUUUCCACGUCAGAUGGAGGCCCUUGCCCGUCGAAUUCUUUUGCGUCCAAUCGAGGUCCAAGUAGGAGGUCGUUCCGUCGUUUGCAAGGACGUUGAGCAGCACGUUAUCAUUCUUGAAGAGGAACAAAAAUUCCUAAAAUUACUGGAAUUACUUGGACUCUACCAGCAGCUCGGUAGCAUUUUGGUUUUUGUUGACAAGCAAGAGAACGCUGACAUUCUUCUCAAAGAGCUCAUGCGAUCUGGUUAUAGUUGUAUGAGCCUUCACGGUGGAAUCGACCAGUUUGAUCGCGAUUCCACUAUAAUAGAUUUUAAAUCUGGUAAAGUUAAAUUGCUUAUUGCCACCAGUGUGGCUGCUCGGGGACUUGAUGUGAAGCACUUGAUACUCGUCGUUAAUUAUGAUUGUCCAAACCACUAUGAGGAUUAUGUGCAUCGCUGUGGAAGAACAGGGAGAGCAGGCAACAAAGGAUUUGCAUACACAUUUAUUACUCCUGAACAGGAAAGAUACGCUGGAGACAUUGUAAAAGCAUUGGAACUAGCUUCAGUUCCAGUACCUGAUGGUUUAAAACAGCUUUGGGAGACGUACAAGACAAAGCAGGAAGCUGAAGGUAAAAAGGUGCAUACGGGAGGUGGUUUUAGUGGUAAAGGUUUUAAAUUCGACGAGUCGGAAGCUGCUGCUGCAAACGAGCGCAAAAAGUUCCAAAAAGCCGCCCUUGGACUCCAAGAUUCCGACGACGAAGACCUCGAAAACGAUAUUGAUCAACAGAUUGAAAGCAUGUUUGCAACCAAAAGAACUGUUAAAGAAAUCAAAGCCCCUAUUGGUAUUGCAAAUCCUACCAGUACGGUGGGCAUGGCGUCGGCCCUCGACAAGCUCGAACUGGCGCGUCGUUUGGCGUCGAAAAUAAAUCUGACCAAAAACAUAGGAGCUGACACAAAAUUCGCCACCCAGCAGGCAGCUGAAUCAAUACUAAAAGGUAGCGGAUCCCAUCCUUUGAUCACGGCCAAAACGGUGGCCGAACAAUUGGCCGCAAAACUGAACACCAAAUUGAACUAUCAACCGAAAGAUGAGGACGACAGAAACGACGAUGACGCCGAACAAACAUUUCGAAAAUAUGAGGAAGAACUCGAAAUCAACGACUUUCCACAGCAAGCUAGGUGGAGAGUCACCUCUAAGGAGGCUCUUGCUCAAAUAUCGGAAUAUUCGGAAGCUGGUAUCACUGUCCGUGGUACGUAUGUUCCAUCAGGAAAAAAUCCUCCAGAGGGUGAAAGAAAGUUGUACUUGGCGAUCGAGAGUACAAGCGAUAUUGCAGUGUCUAAAGCGAAAUCCGAAAUUACUAGAUUAAUAAAAGAGGAGUUGCUUAAAUUACAGACAGCAGGUCAUCAUACAUUUAACAAGGCCCGUUAUAAAGUUAUUUAAAGUAUUUAUUUUAUUUCUUUUAUUUUUAAUUAAAUGUUAAGUAUUUUUCUAGGCGUGUAAAUGUUGCGUACAGAACAACAAUAAUAAAAGUAAUUUUUUACUUUAAAACUGUACCCUUGAAAUUUUAAUUACACAUUUAAUAAUUGCCAAAAGAUUAAUUUAAUUUUUACUGAACAUAAUGCAAAUUAUUAUGACCAUGUCUUAUUGUGUUCUUAUUAAUUAACUUCUUAAAGCAAUCGUUAAUUGUACGAUAUCGAAGUCAAGAGGUUAAAAAAAGCUUACAGGGAAAAAAACAACAAAAUUAAUACUUGUACAAAAUAUUGUUUGGAAUAAAGAAUUCUUAAAAAGAAAACAAUGGUUAAUCUGUCGAUAAACUUGGACCUUUUGACUUGAUAUAUAAAAUGAGAGUAUUUGCAAUAAGAUUUGAGACCUUAGGAGAACGGUAAACAAUGAGGAUUAUUGUUCUUUUAAUAUUACUUUACGGAUUUUGUGAAGCCGCCCCUUCUGAAAGUGGCAA